CAAUUGGUGGAGAGCCAAGGAUGACUUCUGCAAAGAAGGUAACUGAGAAGCGGCAUAACCCAGUGGAAAGCAUUUGCAGAAAAAUCAGAGCCAUUCAAAAAGGAGACGCAAUUUCAAAUCCGAUUCGACAAAUUAUCAAAUACCAGUCUAGCAGUUUUGAUAGUCCACAGACUAAUGCCAAGAAAACCUUUGAGGAGGUGCUGAGGAAGAUGACUGCUGCUCACAUUCCUGUGCGGGACUCUCGUUUUUCAAGUUCUGAGAAAGUGGCUGCCUUCAUUUCAUCCCCUGAAAUAGCAUCUGCAAGAACCCCAUCCAUCUCUCACCUGUACUCUCCCCAGAAUGCCACAUACACUGUUGGUCUCACUAGUUCUGAAAACAUCGUAAGGCUGAGAUCACAGAACAACCAGUGUGAUACAUCUUUGAUACCACAGAUCCGAGCAGGGGAUGUCUUCUCUACCAAGGACUGGAAUAACUACUGUAGUGGAAAUAACAAUUGUACCUUAAUGCUUGACCAUGAUUCUGCCUCUACUCAAAGCUCUCAGUUUUUUACUAAGGAUUCAGUGGUGAGAAAAUUAUCUCUGAAUGAUGAUGGAUGGAAACCAGGAGCUGAUGAUGGCCAAGAUGUAAUGCACAGCACCAGUAAGGUCUGGGAGGAACAGUUACUCACAGGAAUCUUCCAUGCAUGUGACACAAAAUGCAGAGGCUCAGUAGAAGUGAGCAAAAUAAUAGAUUACCUGCGACAAACAGCUAGCCAAGAUUCUGAAGACACUAGCCUUGAAGAGUUGUGGAACAUGCUUGAUCCUGAAAGGAGAGACCCACAUGUGGAUCUGGAAACCUUCCAAACCAUCAUGAAAGAAUGGAUGGCUUUCAGUGCAAACAAAUGGGGAGAAGUGAAGAGCAGAUUGAGUAGCAUCAUGGAUGACUCUGUUUUUGAACAACAGGGCAGCACAAAAUCAGGUGGGCGAGUAUGGGUGUGUUUCUUCAGGAUCAUUCUGCUACUUUCUUGCAGUUUGGAGAAAAUGGACUUUCUGUUAACCCUCUUGUAUGUUUCAGUUAAGACGACCAGCGAUACAACAGAUUCCACACCUGGAAGCUUUGAGGCUCUGGGUGGAGACUUGUCUAAUGGAGUUUUAGAGAUGUCUGAUUUCAUCACCUACAUAGCAGACCUACAUUUCAACAAACAGAAAUUGGAAGAGGAAAAUCACAGGUUUAAGUUGGCAUUAGAAACUUUGGAAGAAGCUAACAACCAGUUAGCAGAUGAUUGCACUGAAUUGCGCCUUCAGAUAAAAAGUGCCCACCAAGCUAUUAUGAGAACAAGUCGGUUAAAAGAAGAACUGGAGGAACUGAAAAUUAGUAUGAAUGCUUCAGAAGAGGAGAAGGCCUUAAUUUUAGUCCAGAAAAAACAAUUAGAGACAGAAAACCAGGCUCUGAUUCUUAAGAUUAAGAUUCUACAGGAAGAGAAUAUUAAGAACAUUAUAGAUAUGGAUAAACUGGAAAAGAAGAUUGAGGAAUUAUCUAAAAUUGAGACAGAGCAUCAAAUGCAAUUGCACGCGUACGAAUAUAUGUUGCUUAAUAAAGAUGCAACUAUGCAGAAGAAGAAUUUAAGCAUAGAAGAGCUGAAGUUGACCAUCACAGAGUAUAGAAGUGUGAUAGAGAAUUUACAAGGUGAUAAAAAUAAACUGGCUCAAGAGUUAGAGCACUUGCAGCAGGAACUUGUCCUAAAUGGGAUCCAGCUGAAUGUCAGUGGAGAGCACAAUGGGGUGGUCUCUGAAAGAGAAAAAUCUUUACAUUAUGAGCUCAUUCUAGCUCAGUCUGCAGAGAAUAAUGAAACUGAGUGGCAGUGCAGUGUACCCAGCCUGUCGGCUCUGGACACAGUGAUAGACCAAGGAAUGCUGCUGGUCCUAACAGAGGCUGAACAAAAGGGUGUGGAGUUCGAGGCUGCACUUCAGAAGCUGCAAGAAGAAGUCUCUGACAUUGGAACCUUCCUUCACAGCUCCCUGCUGUGGGUAACUAAUCCAGAAAUUACUGCAAAAGAAAAGUGGGCAAAGCAGCUUGCUGAAUUCAAACACAUUAUGGAAGAGAAGCUAAAUCUUUGCAUAUUUAUGCUGAAAAGCUUGAGAAAUCACAAAGAAUCUCUUGAUAAAGUAUUUGUCAAAUUAAUAGAGACUUUGAAGAAAUUCAGGCUGGACUGUUUUUAUUUCAGAAAAGAAUUUCUUUCCAGUCAGAAACAACUAGGAGCCAUCAAACAGCUGCAAGAAGAUGCUGUCAACCAGGAAGUCAUCCUCAGGCAGAAGCUCCAGGAAGCUAGCCAACGUCUGGAGGAUGCAGAGGAGCAGGUUAAGGCUCGCGAUCAGGCCGCCUCUUCUGUCAGUGAAAAAACUAAGUCUUUACUGCAUAAAUUAGAGGAAGCAAUUUCAGAACAACGGAACCUCCAAACUAUAAAUAGUGAGUUAUCGAACACUUGCCAGAAGCUUCAGGAGAAGACAAGAAAACUGAAAACAACUAUUGAGGUACUUCGAAAGCAGUUAACUGAAGGACAACACCAUGGCUUUCUGUUUCAGAGGUUUUUAGAUGAGGAAUUUUCUCACGAUGAUCCCCCGUCCUGCCCAGAGAAAAUUCAAUCAUCUCUUCAAGAAAAAUUGAAGCAGUGUUACCACAAACCACACAGUAGUCAAGAGGCAAGAAUUCAUCACAUACCCCUGACCUUGAAAAACACAUGCUGGUAUACGCCUCUUCUGGAUGCCUUGUCUCUGGAUAGUCUUACAGUGAUUCCAAGGCCACAAUUGACAUCUUCCUUAUGUGUAGCCAACCCAACUGAGGCUUCAAGUGAAAGAUCCAAAUAUGGAGAAAUAAAGGAUGGUGCUUUGGAUGUGACGAGACAACACAAGUGUCCUGUAGGUGGUCCACACCCAGGAGCAGAUCUUUCGGGUUGCAUCGGGAUGAAUGACAACCUAAGUAUGGAAGAGAAUGGUGUUGAACACUUGGGUUCUGAGGACCUGCCACAGUCCAGGGAAUAUCUCACACUACCAUCGCCUGGACACACUUCCUCCUCAGAGAGUACUGUAACUUCAAGUGAUUCUGGAUCAGACGUUUUGAAUAUGGCUUCUGGUGGCCUUGACUGUAAAUCACUCUGUGAGAGAGAGGAGGCAACAAGACCAGUGUCUUCCAUGACAGAGAUCCAAGGCACCAGUCCAGAUCCUGAGAACAUUGUAUGCCAAGACACUAUGAGUAAGGAUAAAACCAUAUCAAAUCUGGAAGCCAAAGAGGAACCCAAAACAAUAGAAGAGCAUAGAAAAGAAUGUGCUUCAGGAGAAUCUGGGAUUUCCCCUGUUCCAGUAACUACCGCGAAAUCUGUUAACUUCAGACAAAGUGAAAACACGUCUGCUAAUGAAAAAGAAGUGGAGGCGGAAUUUCUCAGAUUAUCUUUGGGAUUUAAAUGUGACUGGUUUACAUUAGAGAAAAGAGUGAAGCUUGAAGAGCGAUCUCGGGACUUGGCAGAAGACAAUUUGAAGAAAGAAAUCACUAACUGUUUAAAGCUCUUGGAGUCUUUAACAUCUCUGUGUGAAGAGGACAACCAGGCCCAGGAAGUCAUUAAGAAGCUGGAGAAGAGUAUAACGUUCCUCAGCCAAUGUGCAACUCGAGUAGCCAGUAGGGCCGAGAUGUUGGGAGCCAUUAAUCAGGAAAGCCGGGUUAGUAAAGCAGUUGAAGUGAUGAUUCAGCAUGUAGAAAACUUGAAGAGAAUGUAUGCCAAAGAGCAUGCUGAAUUAGAAGAACUGAAACAGGUUCUCUUGCAGAAUGAAAGGUCUUUUAACCCUCUUGAAGAUGAAGAUGACUGCCAGAUUAAAAAACGUUCAGCUUCUCUGAACUCCAAGCCAUCUUCUCUACGAAGAGUGACUAUUGCUUCUUUACCCAGAAAUAUUGGAAAUGCAGCAAUGGUUGCUGGGAUGGAAAAUAAUGACAGAUUCAGCAGGAGGUCCAGCAGUUGGCGUAUUUUGGGGUCAAAGCAGAGUGAACACCGUCCCUCAUUACAUCGAUUUAUUAGCACCUAUUCCUGGGCAGAUGCUGAAGAUGAAAAAUGUGAACUGAAAACUAAAGAUGACUCAGAACCUCCUGAAGAAGAAAUAGUAGAAAGAACAAGGAAGACAAGCCUUUCUGAAAAGAAAACUAAUCCAUCAAAGUGGGACAUCUCUUCCAUUUAUGACACAAUAGCUUCCUGGGCAACAAAUCUCAAGACUUCCGUCAGGAAGGCUAACAAGGCCUUCUGGAUUUCUGUGGUGUUCAUUGUACUGUUCGCAGCUCUGAUGAGCUUCCUCACAGGCCGAUUUUUCCAAAAAUCUGUGGAUGCUGCCCCCACACAGGAAGGGGACUCCUGGCUAUCUCUAGAACAUAUCUUGUGGCCAUUUACCAGCCUCUGCCACAAUGGGCCACCACCAGUGUGACCAGUGAUCCAGUGACCAGUGAAUCACCAGUGUGAUGUAGUGCAUCCUGAUAUCUUGAUUUUUAAUGUUUCAGUAUCUGAACUUAAUAAAUUAGUAACUUUUAGUAAGGAAAGUAUAGUACAAAACCAGAGGUUCUUAGAACAACUGUAAAAUGUUUUACAUUCCCAUUUUUUGCAAUCACCUUCCCAACUAAACUAAAGGGAGAAGAAUUUGCCUAUAUUUUAAUGAGCUCUUUGAGAAAGAAAUAUAUAUUGUUUUGCUAAAACUUAUCUAAAUAAAGAUCCAUUUAAAUAUU